AUGUCAAACUUGAGAUUAUGAAAUGCAUGUAGAAAUUAUUGGAAAUAAUAUUAAUUUUCUUAGUUUCUGAAUAGAUAGAGUGUUUAAACAUUUAUGUAGCCCAGAAGAGUUAUGUGAUACUACUAUGUAAUGCGAUAUUUUAUGUUAUAAUGGCUCUGUACAAAACUUUUAGUUAUAGCGUCGAAGUGCAGUAUAAAAGUCGUUUACUAUCAAAAGCGACGUUGUUUACAGUAACAACAACAAUACUAACCGUUAUUCUGCCAUUUAUUGUAGCUUACAGAGGAAGAGGAUUUUGGUUGAAAUCCUCAUACUUCUAUGAACAACCACUAGUGCACUCAACUUAUGAUUAUUUACUAAUAGCAGAGACAGAUGACCCUAGUGUUAAUAUAAUAUGUGGUGAUGCAGCAGCUCUUGAAGAGGAGGUUAUAGAUGAAGAAAAUUGUGUUGAAAUUCAGAUACAAGAAGAUGAUAUUAAUGAAGACGGAAAAAAUGAUAUUCUUAAAUUUAAGUAUAACAUAAUUGUUCCAAAGAAUAGAUUUAUAAGUUCUAUAAUUUUAAUUUUAGGGAUAGACUUCCAAAUCAAGAAUGUUUGCCCUUUGCAAAUGCAAAGUCUAGCAGUUAUAACCAAAGAAUUCAGUGGUCUACCAAGUGGAUACAAAUACUAUGGCAACUUAGAAAUUUACCAAAACCAGCAAUUACCAUGUUUGCGUAAUAUAUUGGAUAUUUCACAUAACUCCUCGCUCUUUUAUCAUGAGGGUGACAAUUCCAAAAAUAUAGUAGACUUUAUAUUAGAAGAAUAUUUGGGAAGAGAUGUUACAACAAUAGCCAAUCCAAUGUUUUCCAGAACACAAAAUGGUCAAACUGGUACCAUGGAGCUAAGUAUUACUCUAAGAAUCUCAGAAAUGGAAUUUCGAUAUACUCCUAGUAUUAUACAAGAACUGAAAUGGGCGUGGCCACAGUACCUGUCACUUCUUUUUAUUUUCCACUGGCUGUUUGAAAGAAUAAGAAAAUUUGUCUUCAGAAAUCGCCUUCUGAUGGCUUGGGAGAUAAUUCCGUGGAGGAAAAGGGACUAGUCAUUAUUUUAAGAAACAGAUUAUGUUAAAACGAUUGUGGUUCUCAGUUCAAACAAGCGCUUUUUUUUUCAAUAGUAGAUAGAUAUAGUCGACUUAGAGCAGUAUUAAUGUGGUACCUGAUGAUUCUUGUCUAUAAUUUUAAUAAAAAUUAUUUAUUAAGUCAAGAUUUGAAGUUUGUUAACCUUAAUGAAUUGAGGACAAGUUAGUGGCGCAUUAUUCUUCGAUAUAUGGGUGUAAAACGGACAACAACACCAAUUGAAAAUCAUCGCACGCGCCGUAAGCCACAAAGUUCUAUUACAAUCUCUUCAUGAUUCACGAAAGUAAAGGAAUUGGGAAACGAAGUAAACAAUCUAAUCUAAUAAAUAUAAAGCUAGAAUGCAGUUUAGAACUUUCUGGAAUAUGUAAAGAUCAAGAAGGAGGAAAGAGAAUGGGAGGUAAAAAAGACCCGCGACAUUGGUGGUAGGCUUUAUGGCAGAGACACCAGUGUUUAGAAGGUAGGAUGGGUUUUUAGGCGGUCCGGCACUGCCCAACCCAGGUAAUAAUGGGCUAUCACAGUGACCUAUUUGUGUAGUAGUAGCAGCAUAAGAAGGACCCUGUAGUGGGCCAUUGAAAUAGACUAUUGUCUGGCAAGUUCGUUGAUAACACUCCCAUGAUAUGCGGGCGACAGGGGAAAAGACUGCGCAGUCUUUUCCCCUGUCGCCGCGGCGCGGGUGUAAAGUCGUGCGUGCGGGCAAGUGACGUGCGCCAGUCGUGGGUUUUUCAUUUAUCGCCCACACCCUCCGGCCCGCGCCGAACAUCAGCAGUGUUACGAGCGACAUGGCCAAGUUAUAAUAAUGGAGCUGAACUAUUCUUUAUAUGUCUCAUGAAAAAAUAAUCAAAUAAACAACAGUAUUUAUUUAACAUAAUUAUCUAUUACUUAUCUAAAUAAUAUACAUUUAUCUACAGGUUGACUUCAUAUGUAAUACAUAUUCUAGGGCUAUUUACUGUGUCAGAGUUAAUGUAGGCAACUGUUGGCUGCCAAACUCUGGUUUUCCAGUAUCUAGAAAUCCACGGUUGUCUUCAAUGAUGAAAGUUUUACCACUGUAGUCAUCCAGUUGUACUAAUAAAUAUCUGCAGUCAUAAUUUCCAUAUUCAUUCUGUAAGAAAGAUAAAUUAAAUGUUUACUACAUAAUAUAGUAUACAAUUUUUUAUAGUUGUCUGUUGAUAGGUUUCCUACAAAUUUUAUUUUGACUACUAGGGAUGUUUGAAGAUAUAUAUUGAUAUCUUCCAAGUAUGAUUGAUAAAGGGAUUGGAUGAUCAGAAAAUAGACCAUUUGAUCAGAUAUUUUUGAGUUGUAUAAUAAUUUGAAUUGUUUGUUAUUCAAGUAACACAAAGUUAUUAUCUAGAUUUUUGUGUAUUUAAGUCUAAAUUGGUAUAAUAAAUACUCAAGAGCUGAUAAAUAGUUUAAAGACAUUAUUUAUAUGACAAAUUCUGUGUGUAUAAGUGUAUUAAUAUAAUUUAAUAAAAGUAAAAGUUCAAAAUGAAA